AAAAGGAUAAGGCGGGUCAAAUGGUUGCGGCAGCGAUGACGUACUUCCUCUUCCCAAUCCCCUAUUUUAAGCUCACCAUUCCUCACUUCACUUCACUUCUCACUUCGAUUCAUCACUCAAAAUUCUCAAUUCCGCCAAAAUGGUGCCCAAAAUCAAGCUCGGAUCGCAGGGCUUUGAGGUCUCCAAGCAAGGCCUCGGAUGCAUGGGUAUGUCCGCCUUUUACGGGCUGCCGAAGCCCGACGCCGAUAUGAUCAAGCUCAUCCACCACGCCAUCGAAUCUGGCGUCACCUUUCUCGACACCUCCGACCUCUACGGUCCCCACACCAACGAGAUCCUCAUCGGAAAAGCUUUGAAAGGAGGGAUGAGGGAGAAAGUGCAACUUGCUACUAAGUUUGGGAUAAUAUAUCGGGAUGGGAAGGUUGAGGUACGUGGUGACCCUGCAUAUGUGAGGUCAUCAUGUGAGGCGAGCUUGAAGCGUCUUGAUGUGGACUGCAUUGAUCUCUAUUAUGUUCAUCGGAUUGACAAGCGUGUUCCCAUAGAAGUCACUAUGGGGGAACUCAAGAAAUUGGUCGAAGAAGGAAAGAUAAAAUACAUUGGACUCUCAGAGGCAUCUGCUUCAACAAUUAGAAGGGCUCAUGCUGUUCAUCCAAUAACUGCCCUUCAAAUUGAAUGGUCAUUGUUUACAAGAGAUGUGGAAGAAGAAUUGAUUCCUACAUGCAGAGAACUUGGUAUUGGAAUUGUCCCAUAUAGUCCACUUGGACGCGGCUUCCUUUCAGCAGGUCCCAAGUUGCUAGAGGAGGCAUCAGAGGGUGACAUUCGCAAGUUUUAUCCGAGGUUCCAGGGUGACAAUCUUGAAAGCAACAAGCUCAUAUACAAAAAGAUUUGUGAAAUGGCUACAAGUAAAGGUUGCAGCCCAUCCCAAUUGGCGUUGGCUUGGGUGCAUCACCAAGGUGAUGAUGUAGUUCCUAUACCCGGCACCACCAAGAUCGACAAUUUCAACGACAAUGUAGGAGCACUCUCUGUGAAACUAACUCCAGAAGAGAUGAGCCUUCUAUCAUCUUUGGCUGAGAAUGUCAAAGGAGACAGAUCCAUAGCCAUGGCGAGCACAUGGAAAGAUGCAGACACGCCCCCGUUGGAAUCGUGGAAAGCCGAGGGGAAGAUAAAAUACAUUGGCCUCUCCGAGGCAUCUGCUUCAACAAUUAGAAGGGCUCAUGCUGUCCAUCCAAUAACUGCCCUUCAAAUCGAAUGGUCAUUGUUCUCAAGAGACGUGGAAGAAGAAUUGAUACCUACAUGCAGAGAACUUGGUAUUGGAAUUGUCCCAUAUAGUCCACUUGGACGCGGCUUCCUUUCAGUCGGUCCAAAGUUGCUAGAGGAGGCAUCAGAGGGUGACGUUCGCAAGUCCUAUUUUCCGAGGUUCCAGGGUGAAAAUCUUGAAAGCAACAAGAUCAUAUACGAAAAGAUUUGUGAAAUGGCUACAAGUAAAGGUUGCAGCCCAUCCCAAUUGGCGUUGGCUUGGGUGCAUCACCAAGGAGAUGAUGUGGUUCCUAUACCGGGCACCACCAAGAUCGACAAUUUUAACGACAAUAUAGGAGCACUCUCUGUGAAACUAACUCCAGAAGAGAUGAGCCUUCUAUCUUCUUUGGGAGAGAAUGUCAAAGGAGACAGGUACGUAACCAUGGUGAGCACAUGGACUGACGCAGACACGCCCCCGUUGGAAUGGUGGAAAGCCGAGGGUUGAUAUGCAUGACCUCCUUCCAUGCCUCCAAUAAUUCUUGUAGUGUAGUUAACUACUUGAAAAUCUACCGUCUUCCCUUUAUGUUUGUUUGUGAGUUUUUUGUUUGAGUUGGGAAAUAAGGGAGGAAAUAAUAUUUGCCUCCAAGAUAGUUUGAUACUCCAAUGCUUUCUUGCUGUGUAUUAGUGUGAACCUUGUCUCAAAAAGAUAAAUUAUAUUACCAGUAAUUAUUUGUAA